AUGUUUCUUAUCUUACUACUCGUUCUAAAGCAUAUACAAGAUGGUUACAGUCUUAAAUGUAUUGAUAGAAGUUCAAUUCAAAUUCUACGAAGUGAAUUUACUUCAAACAAUAAAUUACAUAUACUGGAAAAAUUUAGUAAUAAAACAAUUUAUUCAUCUGUAGAAAAUUAUAUAUGUCAUGUUAGAAUACAUAUUAAUUACAAUAAAAUAAAUGGUUAUAUAAUCGUUGAAUUUGAUCACGAUACAAAUUAUAUAUAUAAUUAUUUUAGUAUUGAAACAUCAUUUACAUUAGUUAAAGAAAAUGAUUUUAUCAUUAGUGACAUUGAAUAUAGAUGUUUAUCAUAUGAUAUUUGUGAUUUAAUGUUUAUAAAUAAAUGGAUUUAUUAUUUAGUUAAUAUUUCCUAUGAAACUUUACAAACAAGCCUCAAUCAUCUUUUGGAAUCUAGUAUUCAUUCAAAUAUAUGUUAUGUUGGCAAUAGACUUACUGAAUGUAUCGAUGAUGCAUUUCAUCUGGCUAUCAAGACCGAUCCAACAUUUGUUGAGCCUCAUAUUGGAAGGCUGUUCGGGUAUAAGCAUGUAUUAUGGGGAUAUACAGACCGAAAAGGUGCUCUUCAAGCAUGGAAUGAUAGCUGGUCAACAUUCAAUGAACAUAAUAUAACGCUGACACCCCUUCAAUCAGCUUAUUUUAAUGCCAUUUUUCAAUUGUUCGCUUAUGAAAAUGUUCGAGAUGGAGAAAAGGCUUUUCUUACUUCGAUGCUCAAUCUAACAAGACAAUAUCCGUUGGAUAACGACGCUCAAACAUUGCUUGGUCUUGCUUAUCUUAAUGAAGCAAAUAACGGACUUUCCGAAGCGCAAACGACAGAGACAUCUACUAUGUUGCAGGCGAGAAACAUCUUGUUAGCGGCUAUCGAACGCGAGCCAACUCAUCCGGGCUGUCUACAUUAUCUUAUUCAUGCGUUCGAUGUACCACAAACUGAAAUAGCGUCGAUAGCAGUGCCGUACGCGUAUAGAAUGUCUGUCGUAACACCUACUGCGUCACACACAGUACACAUGAGUUCACACAUCUGGAAUCGCAUAGGUUUGUUUUCUCUGACACCAACACUACUUCAACUAUUUCUAUUAUUUUCCAGCUUCUUUACAAUAGCAAAAUCCUUUUCAAAACAGAGUUACACUUCCCUAGGUUUCCUAAGAACAAUUGAAGUGUAAAACAAUCCUGAUACUUUUAGAACAGAUGAAUCUUAAUCAGCUUCAAAUAUCUAAAUAUUUCCUAUCAUUGAUAUAGGAAAUGCGGAGACUAAAAGGCGUUCAGAUUUUUUUUCUAGAGUCAAAUAAUGUGACUUUGGCACAAGAAGUGGAGAAAGCAUUAUUACAAACAGUGAUUUACUUGCCUUGGCCUAAAGAAAAGAAGUUGUGAAGAAUGGAAACCAACUGCCUCCUGAAAUUCAAUUUCUCAUUGUCCAUUUGAUCAUUUUCAUUGUCAGCAGUCAAUUCGUAUCAACUUAGGCCAUUAAAUGCAUUCUAUUAUAGCUCCGAGAACGAUCGAUUCCUCACUAUUUUGUCUAUAUUAUAUAAAUGCAGAAAAACUACAUCAUAGUACAUUUUUAUGUAAAUAAUUUCUAUGCUAAGACCUCAACAUACAUAUUUUUAAAUAUUAUAUGAAAAUAUUAUCACUAUGUAAAAGUAAAGACAUGCUGUUCAACUUUUUUUUCUUAGAUCUUUUGUGAUCAUUUGAUGAUAAAAUGGAAGAGGUUUUAAUUGAUAAGCAAAUCAACUAAAAAAAUAAAUACUUAACACUUUCUUCUGGGACCACAUAAUAGUGAGAAUCAAUCGUUAUCGACUCUAUAAUAGAAUGCAUUGAAUAGUCUAAUUUUAUACCAAUGGAUCGUGGGCAAUGAAAAAAUUGAAUUUCAAGAGUGGCUAAUUUCUCUUAACGGUUUCUAUCUUUUGAAAUAGUUUAUCAACAUUUAUUCGAAUGUAUUUUUUUCACGAAAAAGACCUCACUCAAAUUUUGUUCAGCUAGGGACAGAAAACGAUCAACAGAAUAGUUCGUGACCACUAAUCAAUAAGCAAACAAAACGUCGAAUUUUCCCCUCAAACGUUGAUAUCGAGAAACAAUGAAAGAGUUAAAAUUUUGUGCGUCUAUAAAAAUCCGUGGAGACUUUGCUGUAAUUUGUCAGUAGUUAUUACUUCGAAAUUUACUCCUAUUUUAUUCGGUUGAAUACAAAAAUUGAAUCGCUUGUAACUGCUCAAUAAAGAUGAUGUAUAUGGGCGUUCUAAGCCAUAUGGUGCCUCGAUUUGCUUUCUUUCUUUUAUCAGUUGUAAAGUCUAAUCAUAUUCAGGCCAAAAUUAUUUCCUCAUCGCUAAACUACAAAAUUUAAAAUAUUAG